AUGGCGCCAAAGGCCGCAGAGAAGAAGCCCGCAGAGAAGAAGCCGGCCUCCGAGAAGCCAGCGGAGGAGAAGAAGACCGUGGCCGAGAAGGCGCCCGCAGAGAAGAAGCCCAAGGCCGGGAAGAAGCUCCCCAAGGAAGCCGGCGCCGCUGCCGGCGACAAGAAGAAGAAGAGGAACAAGAAGAGCGUGGAGACCUACAAGAUCUACAUCUUCAAGGUCCUGAAGCAGGUCCACCCGGACAUCGGGAUCUCCAGCAAGGCCAUGGGGAUCAUGAACUCCUUCAUCAACGACAUCUUCGAGAAGCUCGCCCAGGAAUCCUCCAGGCUCGCUAGGUACAACAAGAAGCCCACCAUCACCUCCAGGGAGAUCCAGACCGCCGUCAGAUUGGUGCUGCCCGGAGAGCUCGCCAAGCACGCCGUUUCUGAGGGCACCAAGGCCGUCACCAAAUUCACCAGCUCUUGA